GGAGAGCAGCGGAGAGGAGCGGGGCCGACGGGCGCUACGGUGCCGUGUCCGUGCCGGUGCCGUGUCCGUGCCGGUGCCGGUGCCGGUGCCGGUGCCGGUGCCGUGUCCGUGCCGGCGCCGCGCGGAUGCUCCCGUCCUGAGGCGCUGCCCGCUCCCCGCCUGAGCCAUGGUGAUCAUGUCGGAGUUCGCCUCGGCGCCCUCGGCCGCAGCGCACGGCCAGCAGCGACCCCUGCGAGUCGGCUUCUACGACAUCGAGAGGACCCUGGGGAAAGGCAACUUCGCCGUGGUCAAGCUGGCCCGGCACAGGGUGACCAAAACGCAGGUUGCAAUAAAAAUAAUAGACAAAACAAGGUUAGACCCAAGUAAUCUGGAGAAGAUUUAUAGAGAAGUUCAGAUAAUGAAGCUUUUGAAUCAUCCCCACAUUAUCAAGCUAUAUCAGGUUAUGGAGACAAAGGAUAUGCUGUACAUUGUUACCGAGUUUGCAAAGAAUGGAGAAAUGUUUGAUCACCUGACCUCCAAUGGGCACUUGAGCGAGAGCGAAGCACGGAAGAAGUUCUGGCAGAUUCUCUCAGCAGUGGAAUAUUGUCACAGCCACCACAUCGUGCACAGGGAUCUCAAAACAGAGAACCUCCUGCUGGAUGCUAACAUGAAUAUCAAAUUAGCAGACUUUGGCUUCGGAAACUUCUACAAGUCAGGAGAGCCCCUCUCCACUUGGUGUGGAAGCCCACCCUAUGCAGCUCCAGAAGUUUUUGAAGGCAAAGAAUAUGAAGGACCUCACCUUGAUAUAUGGAGCCUUGGGGUGGUUCUGUACGUCCUUGUCUGUGGUUCUCUGCCUUUUGAUGGACCCAAUUUACCAACUCUGAGGCAAAGAGUGCUGGAGGGGCGGUUCCGCAUCCCAUACUUCAUGUCCGAAGACUGUGAAACACUAAUCCGACGGAUGCUGGUUGUGGACCCAACCAAGCGGAUAACCAUCUCCCAGAUAAAGCAGCACAAGUGGAUGCAGGCUGACCCCUCCCUUCAGCAGCAGCAGUCCUUGUCCUUCUCCAUGCAAAACUACAACUCCAACCUGGGCGACUACAACGAGCAGGUCCUUGGGAUCAUGCAGACCCUUGGCAUCGACAGGCAGAGGACCGUAGAGUCUUUGCAGAACAGCAGCUACAACCAUUUUGCUGCCAUUUAUUACCUGCUCCUGGAGCGCCUCAAGGAGUACCGGAGCAGCCAGGUGUCCACUCGGCCGGCAGCCGGCCGGCAGCCACGGCCCAGGAGCUCCGAGAUCACCAGCGCUGAGAUGCCUCAGGACAGUCUCACUAGUGAAACCCUGCGAUCAUCUCUGCUUUACCAGCAACCUCAGAGCCUGAUUCAGCCAUCCUUGCAGGCAGAAAUGGACUGUGACAUAAGCAAUCCAUUACAGCCUGUGUUCUUCCCUGUGGAUACCAACUUCAACGGGCUCUUCCGGAACCGCUCCAUCUCCCCAAACAGCCUGCUGGAGACCACCAUCAGUGAGGAAGUGAGGCAAGAGAAGGAGCUGGAAGAUGAAAUUAAGGCAUAUGAACACCCCAUCUGCAUCCCUAGCAACACCAGCAGGAGGCACACCCUGGCUGAAGUGACCACCCAUUUCUAUCAACACGUCCCUCCAUGUAUAGUCAUUUCCUCCUCUGCCAGCCCCACAGAGGGAACUAGCUCAGACAGCUGCCUUACUUCAUCUUCAAAUGACAGCUCAGUGGCUCUGAGCAGCUGUUUGGCAGGUCAAGUAAUGACGGGGAGCACGGCCACAGCGAGGAUGACGUCGCCCUUCCUCGCUUCCCAGCGUGACGCUCCCGUGUUACAAGUCCAGGGCUGCAUGGGAGGUGCUUCUCUCCUGCCUGUCAGCUUCCAAGAAGGAAGGAGAGCAUCUGAUACCUCAUUAACUCAAGGUUUGAAGGCUUUUAGGCAGCAGCUGCGGAAGAACGCUCGAGCCAAGGGCUUUCUCGGCUUGAAUAAAAUCAAAGGCUUUGCUCGGCAGGUGUGUCAGUCCUCCUCCUCCUCUCGGGCAGCAAGGAGUGUCAUGAGCCCUUUCCAGCACACACAGCCCAACACCUGCAUGUACAGCAGCAGUGGGAGCAGCAGAGAGGGGAGAAGCCUCCUGGAGGAGGUGCUGCAGCAGCAGAGAAUGCUCCAGUUCCAGCAUCACCAACUACUCCAAACAGCUUGUCCCCAGACUUCCCAGCCACCUGCAGCAAGCGGCAUCCCCUCCUCUGACAGGCCAGGUAUCUGCAAAGCCUCCAACUCCAUUCUGCUGUCAGAGCUGCAAAGAGAGAACUCAUUCGAGCUGGCCUUUGCUGGCAGCAGCCAACUGCUCCAACCUCAUUUCUUCGGCGUGAGCGUGUCCCCGGUGUCGUCGGCCGCUCACCUGCUGGACACUCACCUGUACAUCAGCAGCAGCAGCAGCAGCGUGGCCCCGCUGGCCUCCGCCCUGUCCCAGCAGCAGAGCUGCUCCGCGCCGUCCCCCAGCUACGACGCCGUCACUCUGCAGCACGGGGACUGUGAGAUGGAGGACCUGACUUCCAGCCAGCUGGGGAAGUUUGUGCUGGUCAAGUGA